UUCCUAAGAGACUAGUUUUCACUUUCUGAAUUAAGAUCACUCUCAUGUUCUCAGCAGAAUUCAUGUCAGUGCUGACAGAUAUAAUUUGAUUUUUUGUUCAUCCAGCUUAAGCCAAUGAGCUCCUGAUUGAAGUGGUUUAUGGACCUAAGUCUAGCCAAUGGUUGAUGGACUGAAUUUUAUCUUAAUCCUCUUGAUUUUCUGAACAGAUGACUCAGAACAGUUGUUGGCGAGCAGAGGGAUUGUGUGACUGAAAAGUGGUAUAAAGAAAGUAAAGACGUGAGCACUCAGCAUGCAUUGGGUCAGAUAUAGUAUAAUCAGCAGCAAGGGGGAGUUAUGGAAAACUUUGGCUCUUUUUGGAUGGCAGAUGGUCAUGCGUUAACUGAAAAGGUAAUGCCAAUUUGAACACUUUCUUAUAGAAAAUAUUUUGAUUUUUUUUUAAUGUAAUAAAUCCUAGAUGAUCUACUGACACUGGAGUGAAAAGCAAAUUUAUAUAAUGUGUAAUUUUAAAAAAUUAGUCAACAGGACAGAAUUAUUCUUCUGCUUUGCUAUGCUGAAAGCCCCUUGUCUUUGUGCAUUUUUUCUGAGUAGCACAGGGUUUUUGGAAACUUCAAGUCACUUUUCUUUAACUGUUUAGCAGGUAAUGUGUAAAGAAAAAAGUCCAUUCCAUGGCAGUUGGAGUCUCUUUAUAUGGCCAUUUCACAGGAGAAUGAACACGGCUGGUUCUUGUUACAAGUAGGUAGUUGACACAUUAAGUGGAGCAAAGUUGAUGGAAUGUUGAGUCUGUUUCAAAAUGAAGCAGAGAGAACAAACGUGAUUUUGCGUGAGGCCUCUUGGUACAGCCUCAGGUUUCAGGCGAGGGUGUCUCGGAUUUUGCAUCCUUGGCAGCGGCUGCACAUAAAGUUCGAGACCCAGCCCAGUGAUUUCUGUUACAUUUGGUUUUCCUUCACUCCAGGCCUUGGCUCACGGAUCUGUUAUACAUUCUACUCUACUAAUCCAGAAUUUCUACUGACUUCAAAGAUUUGAACAGGUUGUCAGAUUUGAUUUUCUUAGGAUCUCUGCCAUUAUUUUACAGAAGAUUCACUGAGAUAUGGCUAUAAAUCACAGAGCAGAUUGAGAGCACUGAGUCAGUCAAGUCUGAAAUCAUAAUCAACAAAGGAAAUUCUUUGGCAGAUGGAGUAUGUGCCUGGAGAUUCCUGCACUUCCUUUCCACUCGCCGUUUAAGAUUCUGUCCUCUUCUUUAUUCUCCUUUGGAAGGGUAGAAUUACGCUCCUCCUUCAAGGGGCUGACCUUGAUGGCAGCUUCACCAAUAGCCUGUUUGCUUUGUUCCCAUUAAACCUGUUGUCCAGCCUAUCGCUUUCCCGUGCUGGUCAUGCCUGUCUCCUGAGCAACACAGGAAUCUUAACACAUGUGGAACUUCAACAGUCAGACUCAGUCCCACGCACACCGUAGCUCAUGGAGGAGGAAAGUAGACAGGGCUAGCAAGGGAGAACAGUCAGGAGGCUAAAGUCAUGUUCUUAAGAAGUGGGAGUGUUCAGAGAAACUCAGAGAACACUCUCUUCACACUUGAGCCGCCUCCAGAACAGCUGGAACUGGGCUGAACAAGAAAAGCAGAGAAACAGAAACAGAAAAAACAAGAAGGGAAAAGCUACUUAUGAAAGAGACUUAAAACAGAAAUUGGACCGACAUGGCUGUUUAGAUGUGAAUAUGUGGCAUGCUUGUUAACUGACUUUCAGAUGGAGGUCAGCAUAAAAUGGGCUUCAUACGUCAAUGGGGAGAAUGAGGGUCUAUAACGCUCACCUGACUCUCUGUGUGGGCCAUGGAGGACGUGGUUGUGCCUGAGGAGGGCAAUGCUAUGGCUGCUGACUCCCACCCGGUGGACAGAUCAGACCAGGAAUCUGAAUUCCAGCCUCCAUUGAGUCCCACCCAUGUGCUCAGAUCUGUCAUUUCCUCUUCUCUAAGCUCCCACGCCCAGCUACCCCAACAUGCCUCUGCAGUUUCAGCCCUGCAGUCCAAGAUGAAGGCUCGCUCAGAGCGCAAAGCAAUCUGGAAACAGCCUUCUAAAAUGAAAGAAGACAGGAGAACGGUACCUGGGUUCUACAUGUCAGCAUGCUCUCACACAGGUGCCUGGGGAUUCAGCAGCAGUGAUGAAGACAUGGAAGCUCGUGCUGAGGAUUUAGCCAUCCACACUGUUGAAGAUAAAAGCAUCAUCACUUCCAUGGGACAUGGAGAAGCAGUAUUUCUGGAGAACAUCACAGACAACAUCUGCAAUGCCAAACAAGAUUUUUCCUUGUGCCGCAACAAACCAUGGACUCCUCCCAAGGGCUUUUGGAGGAUCGCCAGGCAAGAGCCUUUGCUAUCAAAUGGAGGUGAUGUUUCAGAAAGAGAGGAAUCUAAAAGUGGGCUCAUGCCCAGGCACACAGCUCUGAGGACAGAUCCCAGUGUUCAGGAAGAGAUUAAAAGGUCAGACAGUGCAGAGAGCCAUCUUCAGAGCUGCAGGCCGAGUGACUCAGUAGCAAAAGGAAGCGAUCUGUGGCGUGCUGAGAGUCUAGAAAGCAUCUGCAGCAGUGGAAGCUCUCUCUCCCUAGCAGAGAAAGUGGAGAUAAACCGAACCAUCCUCAGACAGAUGCUUCAGAAAGCCCAAAGGAAGAGCGGUGAGGGGCAACAGGCUACAAUUACUGAUCAGAAGAUGGAGAAUACACAUAGCAGAGGUGGGCUGAAUGACAGUGACUGGGAUUCUGGGAUUUCUCUUCAUGACAGUGAACAAACUCAGAGGCCCUUUGUCUCAGGCGCUGAGUUGCCGCUCAGUCCUCGCCAUGAACAGGCCAAACAACUGCUAGAGCGUGCUCGCAUGAAGGCCCGCUCAAACCCGCUCAAAGCUGACCACACCAUCCUACCCGUCCAGAGGGACAAGCCGGAGCUGCUUUCCUGGGUCGGAGCACCUGUGCAGCAGGCUCCUCUUGUGGGUACGGAACGGGUGGUGGUUGGCUCCGGAAAUCUCAGUGAUUCCUCCAGCAGUGACUCGACUGGAGGCUCUCGUCGCCGUCGAACGCAUGGGCAGUCUCCAACGCGUGUGCGUUUUCAAGAUGAGACAGAGAAAGACGCUGAAGUGCGGUACUUGGAGCGGCAGUGCAAACGAGUUGGAGAGAGGGCACAGGGACUGCUGGGAGCCAAACCCAGUUUGGCAACGUACAUCAACAGCCAGAGACCCGAGGACAAAUACAAAAGCAGGAGGAGUCAGGAGGACUUACCCGACAUUAAUAGUCAUUAUGAACCCGCUACCAUGGGUCAACAGUGCAACUCUUGUGGAACAAUAUUGGAUGGAGAUUUUUCAGACCCCCGCUUCUUUCAAAAGCAACCAUCACCUGCUAACGGAGAAUCUGAGGGAAGGACUGUGCCAUGCUGGGUUGCACCCACACUGCCUAACCGCCUGGUGCGAAUAGAGCAGAUUAAAGAGACUUACAUAGGUGCCAUGAGCCCUGUCAUUGUUGAGAGCGAUGGCACACACUGUAGAGCCACAGGCAGUGUGGGUAGUGGUAGAGGGACUCUACAGAAGCAGAAAAGAAAAAGUCGUAAGAGGGAUGGCAGUCCCGAGAUAAGGGCCACUGCUGCCAAUGGGCUCAGAACACCAGGAUCACCAAGCAUUUCCAGGAACACACCCAUGUCUAAUGGAGCUAUAGCUCUACCCCCAAACCCAUAUGCCCUAGAUUCUCUAGAGAUAAAGGUGGAGGGAACAUGUAAGUCUCUUUCUAACUUUAAAGCCUGUGUGCCUUCAGUGGCCUCCAGAGGAGAAGUGCCUGGAGCUCAAUCAGUUCCUGGGCUCCCUCAGCCUGUUUCGCCGCCUCUUCAGCCCAAAAAAUCUGCUCUGAAUUUGGACAGUCCCAGUGGCCAGCGAGUCAUGCCUUCUCAACACCAUCAUCUCAUGCACAUAGACAUUGUACAAGAGGGUGGGGAGCAAUCAAAUUUGGAGGGUAUUCCUCAAGGAAACCCUGAUCCUCAACAAACCACUUUGAUAUCUAAAAACUCCAUCAUGAAGGAACUAGCAGGUAGCAACAGUCAUGGCCAGAGAACCAUAAUACCAGGGCAACAUGGUUCCCAACAAGCAGGUUUGGCACAGGACCAAAUCAGAGUGGCGGUAGCAGCUAGCCCUGCCAAAACAUCUGUGAAUAAUGGACAUGUUCAAGGACCUAUCAGGGCCGAGGAGCAAAGGGAGGACAGCUCAAGCCCUUCACCUAUGACCUCUGACCUCCGGCUGAUCGAUCGAAACAUGACCCCAGAAGCUGAGCAAAGGGAGGGUAAAGCUCAGCAGGCCCUGCGCCGCUUCUUUUCGGCCAUGGGUCUGAAUGCAGGAAGACGGAUUAGUAAGAGUCACUCCAGCAGCAUGGAGCAGCUCGGCCCGCCACUCAAACCCAGAACAAACUCCUCAGAAACCCCCAGCCACCCACACACACUAAAGAAGGCACCCUCGCUCCAGAACCUCCGUCUGGCGUCUCCCUUCUCUCAGCUGAAGAAAUCCUCCUCAGUGCAGAAUCUCCAGUCUCCCAAGAGGAAGCCGGAGCGCUCUACUGUAUAUACACCAGGGGAACGGCCCUGUAGCCCCGCCCUCUCCAGGGGUCUCCAGCGUGCACUGAGCGUAGAGGACGUGGGCAGCCCCAGUGCUAUGCGCUCAGUGGGUAGAGUCGCUCAGGCGUUUCCUGAUGGGACAUUUCUGUUAGAGCUGAACCGGCCUCCAGACAGGCCCUUCGGCUUCCUCAUCUCCCGUGGGAAAGGCAGACCAGACUCAGGUGUGUAUGUGGAGGACAUGGGGGACAGCAGUACUCAGAAGCUGUAUGCUGGACUGCUGGGAGUGGGUGACGAGAUCCUGGAGGUGAAUGGGGAGAAGGUAGCAGGGCUGAGUUUGGACUUGGUCACCCAACUGAUGGUCCAGAAUGGUACAGCAUCCAUCCGUGUGCUGCGACACCGACCACCUCACCGCUAACACCACAGAGAAAGUUACAUGGUGUGGGUACUGAUCUGCUGGGCUUGAUCGUAAACACCUAUGUUCUGACUCUGUUCAUUUACCAUUAGACGGAGCUUUACUGCUGACAUCAUGCUUGAAUGAAUUCUGUGGCUAGGCUGUGGCUUGUGUUAUUAGAAAUGACAUAGGAAGGGGUUUUUUCAGCAGUACUAAAACACAGAUAAAGCCAUGUUCCUCUUUUCUGAGUGCAUUUUGAGGAAGUGCACAAAACAUCUGCCUCCAAUAUUACUGUAUACGUCUCUGGGACUGUAAUUUUUUCUCAGUAGAUUUCAUGUCUUUCCAACACAGAUUUGGACUUUUGGGGGAUCUUUAACAUAUUUCAGGAGUUCCCGAUCAUAUCCUCAAGGACAAACCAUUUUUCCAAAAUACACAAAGUCAGAUCUGUAUACCGGUCUCAAUAUUUAUGACAUGGCUGCACCAAUUCAAAUCUACUGUUACACCAAGGGGUUAUAUGUGGAGUAGAUAAACAUAAAUAGCAAGCUAGCUUGGAAGUUAGUUCCUAUCACACUACAAAAAUGAAGUAUUACCUUAAAGAUAAGAAAACAGUUGGGAACCAGGAAUUUUAAAUUGACUAUUUACACAAGAGAAUUCUUAUUUCGGCCAUGCAAUUUAAAUCACAAAUGCCUGACUAGAUGUAAAGAACAUCUUAAGGUAUAAUUGCUUAAUCAGAUUCCUCACUGUCUGUUAUUCAGUAAAACAGUAAGGCAAACAUGAUCUUAUUCUAGAUACACAAUGCUGUACUGAAAUGUUUCAUGAAGCCUCAAACGUAAAAUCAAACCUCAUGAGUCUUGUGCAGUGAGAUACAACAGGGUGAUGGGUUGUUUUCCCUUAGUUGAAACUGUUUGCCGUAAAAUACUAUGUUUAGUAUCCCUCUUUAUGCUCAUAGCCUCAUACUCUGGGGCUGAAAGAUCAUGUUCUUAAAUUCUCAGUCUAUAUCCUUUCAUAACACAGGAUUUCGCUGAUGAUAGUAGCAUGCUUCUUUCCCUCGAACCAAAAAAUCAGGAAUUGGUAAAACAGUGAAGGCCAGAAUGAACUCACCAUAAAUUAGGGGUUGCAUAGACUAGUCAUCUAAUACAUUCACUUUGAUCAAACAUUCUCUGCUGUAGGUGGUAGAAAAAACUACUUUGGGCGAUGUUGGACAAAAACAGUGAGGUAGACAGUAAUGAAAGCAGUUAAAUGUAGUCUGAAAAUAUUUCAGAGUCAGUGAAGCCAAUUCAGUCAACUGCACAAGACUACUCUGGGAAGUCUUUUUUUUUUAAUUUUCUUUUGCUUUAAAGGGCCAUACACACUUCGAUUUCAGUUUGCAUGAAGUGGAGGUGUGUGCGCUUGACUGUUUUCCCAGUCCGCCUGUUCCCGAAGGAAAUCCUCCCACAGCUAUUUUUGUUGUAGUUUAAAGCUAAAUAACAUUUAAAUAAAAUCCUUGCACUCCAGAAGAGUGAAUUCCUGUUACCAAUGCUGUGUGAAAAAGUGCUUUUGAAGCCGCGGGUUGCACAUCACUAUCCAAUCUCACUUAGCACAUUUAGAAUCAGAUCAGCAGCACAUGCCAGUUCAAAGAGACCGAUCCAGACUCACUUUUAGAGGCCAGAGUUUAACAUGGCAGAGAAGCCUCCCAGACACUGCUGUAGAUUUAUUUACUUAUAUCCUAGAAAGGUUUUUGCUUUAAAUAUGGAAAAGUCUACUACUUUUAUAAUUACUGGCAGACUAGUAAAUAUUAGUCGUCAUGCAGCCCGGGCCAUAAAUACACACUAGGUACACAAGUCCUGUACCAAAAUACAAAGGUUCCCAUUGUUCCCUUAGAACAACUUAUGAGUGCACAUUUGCAGAGUUUCUCAUUUUUCAUGUUGCUAACAUACACAGUACUCAAAAUGCAUACACAAUGCAAAAUGAAAUACCAAAAAAGUAUUAUAUCACUUUCUUUAACUUCAGAACCAGAGCACAAAUGUUCUGAAUGCAAUAUGAAAACAGGUAGCUGAAACAGGGCUGCAAUACUAACUCCAGACUGCAUAGUAAAUUAUUUAGAUGCUUCUUUCUGUAUAGUUGCAGCAGUAUUAUGACACACGCACCAUGAAUUAAUGGCUGACUUUCACUGUGUUUUCUUUUGUGUAUUUAUAUUUACUGUCUUAUGAAAUAAAAUAAAUCACUGAA